AUGUCCUCCACCGGCUACUCUACGCUCUUCACCUCCGGCCUCGAGUCUUCGCGUCCGCGCCAGUCGCUCAGCCCGGCCAAGUCUUACCUUUCGCUCUCCUCCGAGAGCUCGCGCUCGUCGCGCACCUUGCCGUCGCCCAAGCCGGUGCCGUCCAUGCCGCUGCCGCCUUCGCCACAGGCAUCGACGUCCGCGGUACCCAAGCCCUCUGUGCGCCCUACUCAACAAAACCUCAACUCGGCCCGCGCUGACGCACUCGCCAGCCUUGAGGGUCGUACCUCCCAAUCAUCCCACUCAUCCAAAGCUCGCGUCCGCCCUGUGCGCCGCAGCUUCAUGUCCAUGUCCGACGACGAAGACUCGGACUUGGAAGCGGAAACAUACCAGCCCCGUCCCAAACCCGCCGCACUCGCCCGCCGGUCGCGCGCGAACACGGUCACCUCCCAACCACCCGCACCUUCACCCUCGCCCCGCAAGCAGAAGCGCUCAAGUCUCUUCAACGGGAUCGCGCUCGCGCCUAAUGCCAUGCUUUCGUCUUUCGGCAUGAAGCGCCGCAGCCGGGGCGUCAGCGACGCCGGCGCCUGGCUCGCCAACUUCCUCGACCUCGACCUGGACGCAGCCGAUGCAGGACACGGCAGCUUCAGCGCCGCGCGCGCCGCAUAG